UUGCACUGGUCUUUGAGGAGGCUGGAGACACACGCACAUCAUCUUCUAUCAGUGCUGCAGAGCAAGCUGUCAGAAGAUAUGAGGCACGGUACAGGAGACACGUCUCAACGGCAGCGAUGAGAGUCACCGCCAUGCACAAAUUAAGCCUCCUCUUUUGUGUUUUAACCAGCUCCUCUGCCUUGGAUUCACAGUAUCGGAAUACUGGGAGCAAAGCUGCUCUGUUGCUGGCAGUGGAGCGGAAGGACCCCAAGUGCUUCACGGAGAGUCUGAAGGACCUGACCUGCUUUUGGGAUGAGACCCUCCCCCCAGAGGGGCUCCCCAACCGCACCUUCGACUACAGAUACGAAUCGGAGGACAGUGGUGUGUGUAACCUGACCGUGCAGAAGCUCGCUAGUAACCAGAGCAGAUUCCUGUGUGAGUUCCCUGAAGCCAUCCUGUUUGCACAGCUGGAUGUCACAGUGCGCGUCAAUGAUCUGAUCCUCCAUCACCGCAGUCUGUCUGCUGAUCAAGUCUUGCUCCUAGACCCUCCCAUGAACCUCAGCGUGCGUCAGACUGGCAAGCCAGGGCAGCUGCACAUGAAGUGGCUGCCCCCGUCUCUGAAGUACAUGGACGACAGCAUCAUAUACGAGGUCGGCUUCUCAGUUGCGGGCUCCGAGCUGCGGAAGACCGAGGUGAUCAAGGGGGGGCGCACAGACUGCGUCCUCAUGAAGCUGAAGCCGCUGACCCGGUAUGUGGUCAGUGUCCGAGCCAAACCCGACGGGAUCACCUACAACGGCUACUGGAGCGCCUGGUCCGAGCCCGUCACCGCGGAGACGCCAACAGAUCUGGAUCCCCUGAUCCUGGCCCUGUCUCUGAUCCUGCUUCUCAUCAUGACGGUCUUGUUCGUCACCGUCUUCCUGUCACAUCGGAGGUUUUUGUUGAAGAAGAUGUGGCCCCGGAUUCCUUCUCCCGAGGGCACGUUUGGGGGGCUUUUCACCGUCCACAGGGGCAACUUCCAGGAAUGGUUGGGUCACAACAACGUCUAUCCGUGGUGGAGCCCGUCUUUCUUCUACUUUGAGGAGAGGGUGGUGUCUCUGGAGGUCCUGUCAGAGUUCAAACCCAGCGUUCUCCCACCCUUACCCCCCAAAGCUGGGCUCCAGUUCUGUCUGGAGGAGGGGGGAGAGGAGGAAGGGGGAGAGGGGGGAGAGGAAGAGGGUGGGAGCCUUCCUUUCCUCCAGCUUCACAAGGGUCAGACCGGAUUUGAAACCCAGACGGGGCUCCUGAAUCAGUGGCUGGUUCCCUCCAGAGAACCCCCGGAAUCCAAAGACGCCUAUGUGAUCCUAAACUUCGCCCCCAGAGAUCCCGGCGUUCCCGGCCCUGACGUUCCCGAGGAGGAGGCCCCGUUGCAGACGCUCUUCGCCACUUCGGAAUCCAGCAUCCGUUCGGGAAUCUCUUCAGACUCGGAGAGGCAAAGCCCGGUGGAAAGAACGUCCUCCGGGUCCAGUUUUGACUACGCCGUUUACGACCCCAGCGGAGAUCUGCUGUUCCCCAGCAAGCAUCAGAGCUACCCCUACCUGAGGGUAGCUGAUUCGGGCAUUUCAGUGGACUACAGCCCUAUGGGCUCUGGCUCCAGUGCCCUGACCAGUCACACUGGCAUUGGCAUCUAUACUAACCUUUAUAAGAAUGACAUCUGCCAUCAUUCGGAUCAGCUGCCCCAUAGUAGCGGAGCCUUCUGCUCUGGGUACUGAGGGCAGAGGAGGGGAAUCUCUUUUUGGGUUCCAAGGGAGUGGUCCGUCGGGGCCAAGAAGACCCAAAAUGGGAUCCCACUGCAACCCCGGUGUAACACCCUGAAGACAGGCCAGCCAGCAGAGCCAUCAGCAGAACGCAUCGUUACCAGCAACGCAAACACAAUUGAUUUGCAAUUGGACGGUUCGGUGGUCCUGUCUGGUUCGGAGAUCCGUCUGAUCCUGAAACACAUUCUGUGUGUGACUGGCAGUCGAUUAGCUUGGAGGGCUUUUACUGUGAGCAGAAUACAUCCCUCGUGAAAGGUCACUGCAGUAAAAGCAUAGCAAAGCAUUGUUAAAGAGUGAUUGAACAUAGGCAACCACUGCAAACCCCACAGGAACACGGUAAACGGCAGUGAAAGCACAGUGUAACCAUAGGGAAACCGCAGCCUUUUAAUAAGGGAUAGACGCGGUUCAUGAACAGCGUACAUAAAAACAUGUGAUGAAGAGCAGGUACAGUAUAGGACGCAUCCCUCCCCACGGGAACCACAUACAUGCGUUUGAUGUAAAUAUAUGGACAUAGUGUUGUGUAGAAUGUUUAUGUACUGUGACAGUAUUGUUUUUAUUUUUAUAUGUUUUGUUUAUGGUGUAUUCUGCCAAAAUUGUAAUACAAUCAAACACGUAGGAGAGCCAGUUACAGCAUUAUAUGAAAUAAUACAGAAUCGCCUCUCGAGCAUGAGAAAUUAAAAAGCAAACGAACCAACAGUUCAACACGUUACAGAAAAAUGCACAGAAGGAGGCUGUGUGGUCCAGUGGUUAGAGAAACGGGCUUGUAACCAGGAGGUUCAAAUCCCAACUCAGCCCGACUCA